UUACUACACCGACCAACUUACGUUUACCCAACGAAUCUCGCUUGGUUUGAUUGCAGUACUCGAAUCACAAUCCUCCAUACCCUAAGUCCAUCAUCUUCUCCAUUUCGAUCAUAUAAUUAAUUCAAUCCACACCUUCUUUCACCGACCACUCAUCAAUGGAACCUUACUUGUGCUCACGUCACACCCUUUUCUCCAUUUAUUACUUUCUACAGUACCGUACAUUCCCUCUGCGUCGUCAAUAUUCGUUCUCGAUAACUACACACCCAUAUUAAUACAAUAAUAACUUCUGGAUAACGUAAGCAUUACGCCUGCCAGUUUGCCAAUCCAUAUACAUUAGUUGGAUGUAUAAUUGCUGUUGUGAAUGAAGUGAACACCUAUGGGGAAUUGCCAAGCGGCUGAGGCGGAGACGGUGGUCAUCAUGCUUCCAGGUAACAAGAUUGAGAGGAUUUAUCGGUCGGUCAGUGUUGGUCAUGUCAUGAAUUCACACCCCGGACAUUAUGUAGCGGUUUUCGUGGCGGCACAUGGAGAGAGGUAUGAGAACGGAUUGCCUGUGAAGCGGUUGAAGCUUCUUCGGCCCGACGAUUUGUUGCUUGUUGGUAAAGUUUACCGGCUCAUCCGCUUCGAAGAUAUACUGAAAGAGUUUGCAGCGAAGAAGUGCGUAAAACUAGGGAAAUUGUUGAAGGAAAGAGGAGUGAUGGUGUUGGAGACGAAAGGCCUCGCCAGUGCUCCGAUGAAGGAACCGAAUGCAUCAGCCCUGAAGAGCAAGAAAGGCGGAAACAACAGGAGCGGGGCGGGGGGUCGGAACAGGAAGCAUCAUGUGCAUCAACAUCAAUGGAAACCGGCCUUGAAGAGUAUUUCAGAAAAUGAAAGUUGAAUAAAGUUUCAUCUUCCUAUUGUCAUAAACUUGAAGUUUGUAGUUAAUAGUGUGAUGAAGGUGGAGAUUAAUUGUGCUUAGCUAGUGAUGUUAUGCAUGAGUGAAUCUUGAUGUCUAAAGACUUAAAAUCAUGAGUAUUGAUGAAAUGAUCCUCUGACGGGUCAAAGAGCCAUGAAUUGGGUUAAA